AUGAAUCCACAAACGCCAGAAGAAAUACAAAACAUCCUGAAAGAAAAUCACGAUAGUAAGUUAUCAGGGCACUACGGUUUCAAUAAAACUUAUGCAAAAGUUAAAGAACAAUACUUCUGGCCAUCUAUGAAGCCAGACAUAAGAAAGUAUAUUCAGUCAUGUCACUCAUGUCAAAUGAACAAAACAAAUUUCAAACCUAUUAAACAGCCUAUGGAAAUAACUACUACAGCCGAGAAGCCUUUUGAAAAACUAGCCAUAGAUAUUGUAGGACCAUUACCACUCACGGGCCCAGACUUUAUGUCCGAAUUAAUAAAAGACUUAGGAAACUUAUUAAAAACAAAGCACAUCUGCACCAGUCCAUAUCAUCCUCAAACCAAUGGAGGGUUAGAAAGAUAUCAUUUAACGUUGAAAGAUUAUUUAAAGCAUUAUAUAAAAGCCAAUCAAACGGACUGGGACGAAUAUAUUCCAUUUGCAACCUUUAGUUAUAAUACCUCAACUCACAGAUCCACUAAUCUAACACCAUAUGAACUUCUCUUUGGACGAAAAGCCUAUUUACCCUCUUCCAUACUGAAGGAACCAGAAUUCCAUUAUACUUACGACGAUUACAUCCGUUCAUUACAAAAUAGAUUAAACACGUCUUUUAAAACAGCGAGAGAAAAUCUAAUAAACUCCAAAAAUAAGAUUACCAUAUUCCAAUACACCACCGACACAAGUGGAAUUUUUUAUAGAAAGUUAGGAGAAGCAAAAAUUUCGAAUACCGAGUUACACCUCAUAACAUAUGCUAAUCUAACUUAUCUAUCUCAGGCGAAAGCUCUCUUAAAUUCUCAUUUUAUUAAAUCACGGGAGAUCUGUAACUUGUUAAAAGAAGUCGUAAUAUCUAAACAACAAAAAUCUUAUUGUGAAGAAACCCUACAGUCUGUUCAAAGUGAAUUACAAAACAUAAAUAACAAGGAAAAAAUACUUAAUGGAUUAAUAGGGCACGACGUAAAGCAACGUAGACGACGCGGUUUAAUUAAUGGAACUUCUUAUGUUUUAAAUUGGCUAAUUGGCACCCCGGAUGCCGACGAUGCCAGAUACUAUUCCGAUAGCAUUGAAGCCUUACUAAAUGAUAAUAAGCAAACUCAAACUCUAUUAAAGUCUCAGAUACAGAUAGUUUCUAGUACUAUAAAAAAUUUUAAUAAUUCAAUUCAGUCUUUAAAACUUACGGAAGAGACCCUGAACAACAAUAUGAAAAUAAUUAAUAAAUAUAUGUCAGAAACAGAUAACUAUAUUAUAAACCUCUCGUUAGAAACAACUAUCAUGGAACAAGUGGCUACUUUACUCUCUUUAUGCAUUCAAGUCUCGGACUAUUUUGAUAAAAAUAUAGAAUCCAUCAAUUUAGGAAAUCAUAACAUAAUUUCCCCGUUCUUAAUAACUCCAAAAGAUCUUUGCGAAGAGCUAAUUAAUUACAAAGAUGAUUUCGAAUUAAUGAUCACACCGACCUACAAAAACUUACCUAAGAUAUACAAAUUAAUGAAACUUCAAAGCAUUACAAUAAACGAACUCGUAGUAUUUGUUAUAAAAUUACCACUUGUGAAAAGAACAAAUUUCGAUCUAUACAACCUAAUCCCGUUACCCAUUCAGCAUCAAAAUACCUCUAUCUUUUCAUUUAUUACACCUCAAAACCCGUAUCUACUCCUAUCCCAGCAAAAAUCCAACUUCGCCGUCAUGUCGGACUUGAGGAAUUGCGUUGAGUAUCUGGAAGGGAAGUAUGUAUGCACCAACGUAAAUACGGCCAGAACUACCGAAGAAUCCACCUGCGAGGUACUGCUGCUAUCACCGCAUGUAAAGCAAAUACCGCAAGACUGCUCAACGAAGACAAUAAACGCUGAAAUGGAGAUAUGGACCUACAUCGGAAGCAAUCAGUGGUUGUAUAUCCUGCAGAAGCCGACUACAUUGACAAUCAUCUGUGGGGAGAACAACAACGAUCACAUGGAAGACAUUGUUUUACAAAAAACUAGCAUGAUACAAUUACACAGUGGUUGCAAGGGAUACACCAUGCUAUACUCGUUGGAACCCACAAAUUACGUAAACAAAAAUAUCAGUCACUACGUCCCCCGAAUCAACCUAACUGAAGACGAUUGUUGUAUUUUGGCAUCAAAUUAUUUACAUCAUAAAACGAUAUCAUCCCUAAAACCCAUAAGACUCACAAAUAUCGACCUAAACGAUUUAAAAUUCAAUACCAAAAAACUUAAUGAACUCGAUGAACUACUAACUCAUCAUAUGAAGGAACCAUUUAUCGUCACCCACACGAAUUGGUACACGAUAACCCUAGGAAUAAUAGGUGCCGUUCUAAUCCUCAUCGUUUGCGGAAACUGCUGUCGCUGGAUUGGUUGCUGGAACCUCCUCAAACGUCUCUGUUGCUUCACCAGGAGCCCCAGAACAGGCGAAAUCGUACCACCAAUAAUCAAAAACUUUGUUCACUGCAAUUUCGACUCGAGCAAUCAUAGUGAACACAGAGACCAUUCUAAUGAUAUGGUCCUGUUUGAAAGGCGCGGAAGGGAACAAGGUCCUUCAGAACAAACAACAUCCACUGGCAUUACUGAAGAAAGAAUCAUGGAUCAGCAUCAACCUAGAGCGAACACUUACAACCUCAGAUCCAAGUCUGGAUCAAGAACGCGGAAAAGUUCAACCCCUCUAUAAUUGUAAAACCCUAAUAAUUAUCAUUAGUCAUUUAUAAUUGUUAGACAAACCCAUUAGUCUAGUAUAUAUAUAUGUAUAUAUAUUUAAUCACAUUUAUUAGUAUACUCGAUUCUUAUUUAACUCCUCUAUAAUUGU